CAUUGUAUUCCCUCGCGAUUAAGUAUUUUAAAAUUUUGAGAAGAUUACUUGGAAAAGAAAAUAAUGAUGCUUUCUGAAAGGUACCUCUGUCCAUCUAUAUAAGAAGGGAAAGCACUUUUGACUAGUCAGUAUUACUUCGUGUUUGUCAAUAAGUAGUAUGUUUGCGAAAUACUCAGAGAUUGUACAAUUACUGCUAUUAUUGUGCAUCAUCAUGCACAAUUGUCGAUCGUCGCCGAUCGAGCCAGUCGUGAAAUCACCUGAUGAAGAAACCACGAAUCAACCACAAAUCGGUCGUUCGCCGAACGAAGACGAUGCAUCGAAAUCCGACAAAGAAAUUGACUUGCCUGAAAGCGUAAAUUUUAUCAACUUCUGGAAAUUUCAUCGGUAUGCCGAGAUCGAGCUAGAAAAUCCGAUGAAAAUUUCAUUGUUCCCUGCAAAAGACAGUGAGAGAAAAGUUAAGAAAAUCAAUGACAAUGCGCAGCGGGAGGCAACUAAUCAAACCGACAUCAAUAGCGAUGCCCAAAUUGUUCAAAAUGUGACUAAAGAAAGCGAUCAAUCGUCUGACCAGGCUGAUCAGAGCUUCUUCUUUAAAGAUUUUGACGAUCUGGCGUCUUUUCUACCUGAUCCUGAAGACCACAAGCCGAAGCACAGGGUACCAAGAAUGCAAGUGGCUAGUUAUAAUUGUAAUGGCAUUUUAAACAAGCUACUUUGGCUUAGAUUUAUAAUGUGCUUCGAUCCGACCACGCCUAACCCUUUUGGAUUGUAAAUUGAUUGAUUGAAGCAGAAAGACAAAGUGAAUAUAACUCAAGCAAUUCAAUUGAUUAUAAAUUAACUGACGUUUCGAUAACUAUAGAAUUAAAUGUAACCAAGGAAUUACAUUAGGAAUAUAAUCUCUGAAAUAAUAAAAGUGAUUGAGUAGAAACAAGGAUUUCCCUGUAUAGACUUUUUUAAACAUUGAUUCCAUUAAGUUGAAAUUAGAAUAUCUUACUUACUGAGACAUAAGAAGCGUAAAACACUUAUUUUCGAAAAUCAUAAAAUUUGCACAAAAUAUAUUAUAAACACACAAAAUAUUUCACGCAUACUGAUUUAAAUACGUAUUGUUCUAGUAUUGUAAACAUGUUUAGAAAAUAAAAAUUUGAGCAAGGUUAA